UAUUUUAUUUCAGUAAUGUUUGAAAACUUUGACAGGUGGGUAGAAACAACAGCUCUUCGUCACCUCCACUGUGAGAAAUUUGAUCUGAGGGAGGAGAGAUUGAGAAAACACGCCUCUCCUCAUUUAUACAACUUUACCGGAGAGACGUCAGGAGUAGUCGGGCAGCGGCGCACCGGGGCUUCGCGAACUUCACAACAACAACUGAAUGUUAUUUCUCGUUUAAACUUCAUACAUCUCGCAGAAAUGACUCUUCCGUACGGCCAUAGCGUGACCACCCUGAGGACCGUGACCGUCGCGGAGCCGAGCAAGCAGACCGUCCUGACGUCUCCCGUCGGGUUAAGCGAAGGUUCGACGACUUACCGGACGGUGAAUCUCUCGGGAGCUCAGUAUCAGCCAGUCCAGUACAUGAACAGUCAGGUGGAGGGCAACUUUAUGUACGGGGGCGCUCGGUACCUGGUGCCCGUCCAGCAGCAGCCCGCCGAGUCCUACGUGUACGUGCGUCAGGCGCCGCGCGUCGUACAGCCGGUUUACUUACAGAACGUUCAGCCGGUGAGCCUCAGCAGCGUCGACGAGACCGACGUCAGACAGGUGAACAUAAAUGGACAAACAACAGUCUUCAGCCAGUUAUCCAGUCCAGUCAAGAGUCCUGAACCAUCCGAGUCGGAGUUGGUGGAAACUUCAAGCAUUCACGAGGAAGUCCUGGACCUAAAGCAACUGAAGAAUGGCAUCUCCACUGAGAUUAAGACCGAAAUACAGGAGCCUGUCGCCAAACUGGACAACCGUUUCUUUGGCGAACUCCUUGCCGAAGUUUACCGCAAGAACGUCGAUAUUCAAACCUGCAUUUCUGAGCAUGUGGCAAAGAUCCGAGGAAGGAAACACCUUCUAGACUCCACCAUUGACUACAAGAUGGAGAAAGAGGAAUUUGAGAGUCUCAUACCUAAAGGAGUGUCUGAACUGACUAAACAGCAGAUCCGCUACCUUCUGCAGACUCGUAUGACAGCUGAUAAGACAAUGCAUCUGGUGAUGACCACAUUCAGCAGUCUUCGAGAGGAGCUAGUGCACAUGCAGGAGGACCUGAGGCGUCUGGAGAGCGAGAAGGAGGACCUGGAGAGAGAUCUGAACUUUAAAGCAGAUCAGGCUCAGCAAUAUGACAGACUACUGGAGACCGUUCGUGAACAGAACAGACAGCUGCAGAUGUCUUUGAAGGAAAGUAACAAUGCUCAGCGGACUUUGGAAAGUCAACUGCUGACCUUCCAGAGCAAAGACCCGACUAAAGACUUCCGCAUCAAAGAGUUGGAGGGCAGCAAGAGGGCACUGGAGCAGGAGAACGAGCUGCUCAGGAAGAAGUUGGCAGGGCAGUGCAGUAGCUCCACCAUCCAGAUCAAAACACAAGAGCUGUCCAGAGAGUACGAGAAGAUGCUGAAUGAUCUACGAGAGGAGAAAGACAAAGAACUCAAGAGCCUGCGGUCUCAGCUUAUAAAGAUUCAGUCAGAGAGCACCAUAAUACAGACCACCGACACCAGCAGUCUGGAGCUGCGUAUCUCUGAGCUUCUGUCCAAACUGGAGCAGCGUGAAAGCGUCAUCAGACACCAGGAGGAGGAGAUCAGACGACUCAAACUGCAGAAGACCGACAGCUCCAGCAGCUCCACGAGGACCGUCGUUACCAAGAGAUACAUGAACCAAUACCCCAUUUUGGGUCUGCUGAGUGACGAUUAUCAGUACACUGCUCCUAUAAAAGAGGACAGGACUAUGGUCAUCGAGAGGACAGGAGAGGUCAAGACUCGCAUAAUCUAGAGAAUUUUGAGGAUAAUCUUGAGGCUUCCUUGUUUUCCCGUCCUGACUUCCUCUGCAUGCAGCCGUCGUCUGCUUCCAGUGCCUCCUAUUGGUGGUGGUGACUUUUAUCAUUUUUAGGCUUUGGAAUUGAAAAACACAUGAAAUUUGAAGCAGUACACUUUAUGACACAGCUGAUGCUAUAUUUUUUCAUAAGAUCUUUCUUUAUUGCGAUGUAACGUGACUACUGAUAGUUAUUUUUAUAUUUUUGUGCUGUCUCUUCAUAUGAUGCGCCACAACCUUUGGCAGACAUAAACACUACUGUAAGCAUGUGCAUAUUUGGAGAGAAAUUAUUUACUGGUAUCAUAUACAGUGCCUUAACUGGAAAAAAUUAAGCAUCGUUCGUAAUGUAAAAGGUGACUUUUGGAUUUCUUAUUCAUUUGGGUAUAUUAAUUAUGGAAGUAUGUUGUUGUUGUUAUGAUAAUGUCAAAGGUGAUACUUUAUACACUUAAAAAAGCUAUAGAUGAAUGUAAUAGGGGUUGACCACCCAUUAUGAUUUUUCAAUGGCAAAUGUUUGGGUUCAGUAAGAUUUUUUGAUGUUUUUGAAAUGUUUAUUUGAUAAAAAAAUAAUAUUUAAAAUAUUUUGGCAUUUGUUAUAUUAUUAACUUUCUAUCUCAAUCAAUUAUUUAUUUCUGUUAUGUAAAGUCAUUACUUCAUUUCUCAGCGUCAUAGAAGUUUCUAAUAUGAUGAUUUGGUUGUCAAGAAACAUAUAGUAGUGUGAAUCAAAUUAUUCACUAAAAUGAAUUACUUUUGAUCAGUGUAAUGCAUUGUCUCAGGUAUGAAAAAAAUCUUACUAAACUUAAACUUUUGAAAGGUAAUAAGGAAUCAUUAUGGAAAACCCUUUUCCCCCACAGAAUAAAAAAAACACAGCAUCUCUA